UAUUCAAAUCUAUUUUGUGUUUCAGCUGAUAAUGACGACAAUCCAACAAGAAGUUGUUAACACUGAAAACUGUGGAAAGCUUAAUGUAUUCAUUCAAGGUCCAAGAAAUGCUAAUGUCGCCUUCUUAACAGUUCAUGAUCUUGGUUGUAAUCACAAUGAGAUGGUUAAUUUUCUUGCUCAUGAAUCUAUGGAACCAUUAGCUAAUCGAUGUACUUGGGUACAUGUUGAUGUUCCAGGACAAGGUGAUGGAGAAUCUGAUUUACCACCUGACUACACAUUCCCAACUGUUCAACAACUUGCUGAAGGAAUGAAUGAAGUGUGCAAUGCUCUUAGGUUACAGCAUAUUGUUGUAUUUGGUGAAGGAGCUGGAGCUAAUAUACUAGUUAGACUAGUGAUGUUAAGGCAAGAUUUAAUAUUAGGCGCAGUUUUAAUUCAUUGCACAGGGACUAGCGCAGGUCUGUCUGAAAGUCUUCGUGAUAGAUUGAUUGGAUGGAAGUUGAACACAGUUGGAAUGAAUCCGACAGCAGAAUCAUAUCUAUUAAUGCAUCGAUUUGGAUCAUCUGUUAAUGUACGCUUACAAAGACUGAAUGAGGUUCCCGCACAAGAAGUAUCAUAG